AUGGUGAUGAUGGCUUCACCAAAUUUAGCCUCCAAAUGCUCGGCAGCAAUGGCGAAGCCUUCCCUUCCCCUGAAGCUCUUUCUCUGGGUGUUUAUUGCCGUUAAUCUCCCUACAAGCUCCUUCCAGACUGAUGACGACGAUGAGGUGUCUAACAAGACGUGGGUGCUGACUCCCAAAGUGUAUGAGAGUGACGUCACACACAUCCUAAACAGCCUACUAGAUGGAUACGACAACAAACUCAGACCUGACAUCGGAGUCAAACCAACAGUGAUCCACACAGACAUGUUUGUCAACAGCAUCGGGCCAGUAAAUGCCAUCAACAUGGAAUACACCAUUGACAUCUUUUUCGCUCAGACCUGGUAUGACAGAAGGUUAAAAUUCAACAGCACGAUGAAGGUUCUGCGUCUCAACAGCAAUAUGGUUGGAAAGAUCUGGAUCCCAGACACAUUUUUCCGCAACUCGAAAAAGGCCGAUGCCCACUGGAUCACCACACCCAAUCGCAUGCUAAGGAUCUGGAAUGAUGGGCGAAUACUCUACACCCUCAGGUUGACCAUUGACGCCGAGUGCCAGCUUAAACUGAACAACUUCCCAAUGGAUGAGCACUCAUGUCCCCUGGAGUUUUCAAGCUAUGGCUACCCCAGGGAGGAGAUUGUUUACAAGUGGAAAAGGAGCUCAGUGGAGGUUGGGGACAUUCGCUCCUGGAGGCUUUACCAGUUCUCCUUUGUGGGCCUGAGGAACACCUCUGAGAUCGUCAGGACUGUCUCAGGAGACUAUGUGGUGCUGACUGUGUUCUUUGACCUGAGCAGGAGAAUGGGUUACUUCACCAUCCAGACUUACAUCCCAUGCACUCUGAUUGUUGUCCUCUCUUGGGUCUCAUUCUGGAUCAACAAGGAUGCAGUUCCUGCCAGGACAUCAUUAGGCAUCACCACUGUGCUGACUAUGACCACGCUGAGUACCAUUGCUAGGAAAUCUCUCCCAAAAGUCUCCUAUGUGACUGCCAUGGACCUGUUUGUGUCCGUCUGCUUCAUCUUCGUCUUUGCUGCACUAAUAGAGUAUGGCACGCUGCACUACUUUGUCAGCAACAGGAAGCCAAGUGAAAAAAAGGACAGGAAGAAGAAAAACCCGCUCCUCCGGCUCUUUUCCUCAAAGCAGACACCCACGGUAGACAUCCGCCCACGUUCGGCCACAGCCAUUCAGAUGAACAACGCAACGCACAUGCAGGAGCGGGACGAGGAGUACGGCUACGAGUGUCUGGACGGGAAGGACUGCACCAGCUUCUUUUGCUGUUUCGAAGACUGCCGCUCUGGAGCUUGGCGGCAUGGCAGGUUGCACAUCCGCGUUGCAAAGAUAGACUCGUAUGCACGCAUCUUCUUCCCCACUGCAUUUGGUCUCUUCAACCUGGUCUACUGGGUCUCCUAUCUCUAUCUCUAG